GAUGCUUACUCUGAUUGGCUGCAUCUGAGUAACCCGGAAGUGAUCGCGCUUCGGGGCUCUGUGGUGCUUGCGGUUGGAGUCUGAGGCGGAGAGUGCGGCGCUAGGAUGAACGCCCCUCCGGCCUUCGAGUCGUUCUUGCUCUUCGAGGGUGAGAAAAAAAUCACCAUUAACAAGGACACUAAGGUGCCCAAUGCUUGCUUGUUCACCAUCAACAAAGAAGACCACACUCUAGGGAACAUCAUUAAAUCCCAGCUCCUGAAGGACCCACAGGUGCUGUUUGCCGGCUACAAAGUCCCUCACCCCUUGGAGCACAAGAUCAUCAUCCGUGUACAGACCACCCCAGACUACAGCCCUCAGGAGGCCUUCACCAAUGCCAUCACAGACCUCAUCAGUGAGCUCUCCCUUCUGGAGGAACGAUUCCGGGUGGCCAUCAAGGACAAGCAAGAAGGGAUUGAGUAGCUAAGUGAAACCCUGCUUAAUGGCUGUAAGGCUGGUGCAUGUGUCCUCAGGGCCCUUCUUAGUAUCUUCGAUGAGGACAGCUACUUUAAGCUCUCUGUAGCUGCACACUGGACACAGCCCCAUUCUGCACAUAGACUGUUACUUUCCUAAUAAAGUAUAGCAGGAGCCUGUGCAGCAUGUAGGCUAUCAGACUUGAUGACCUGUCACAGAGACCCAAACCACAGGCUGGGCAGAGCCUGGGGCUGCCUGUCAAGGUAGGAACCCCUGUGGGGAUUGCGUGACUGUACUCAUUUUCCACUGGCCUCUAGUCCACAAUGGAAUUUAAUAAAAAUACUCAUUGGUACAAA